CAAUGGAGCUGUGUGAAAAAGAGAAGAUGCAUCAAAAAAGAGGAAAGGAUAACAAGGCCUUUGAGUCAGAGGAGCAGGAACAGGUAUACAUUGAUUUGGACAGUCCAUCCGAUGCUGCAGGUGAUGUGCAAAAGGGAGAAGAAAGGAACAAAAGUCUGCUGGAAAAGAAAAUGGAGGCAUUCCAAGGCCAUUUGGCAGAGCACAGUGACACAAUCCGGCUGAUCAUAUACCUGGUUUUAACAGCAGGCUUCGUUGCCAUAGUGAUUGCGGCAUGUGUUUUGAACUUCCACCGGGCUGUUGGGCUGCUGGUCAUCGCCUUGGUAACCGUAUUCUUCCUGGUCUGGGAUUGGAUGAUGAAGCGCUAUGGCGACCGGGUGUGGGAGGAGCUAUAUCCUAUCAGGGACCUUUUCAGCAGAAACUGGUUUUGGAUCAGAUGGAUCAUCUAUGUGUUACUGAUGGUGGCCGUGGUUUGCUGGCUUGCACUGGACACAGCCAAGCAGGGAACCAGACAGCUUGUGUCUUUCUCUGGUUUACUUCUCUUGAUCUUCUUAAUGCUGCUCUUCUCCAAGCAUCCAUUCAGGUGGUGUUGGCAAACAUUGUUAUCUGGCAUCGGGCUACAGUUCGUCUUUGGUCUGCUGAUCCUCAGGACCACAGUUGGUUUAGGUGCACUGGAAUGGCUUGGAAAACAAGCAGAGAGUUUUAUGUCAUACGCAGAUGUUGGGUCUAAAUUUGUGUUUGGCGAAACAUACACAGACCACUUCUUCGUCUUCAAGGUGAUGCCUAUAUUGGUUUUUCUAAGCUCCGUCAUCUCCAUCCUCUACUACAUUGGCUUCAUGCAAUGGCUGAUUUGCAAGAUUGGAUUCAUAAUGCAGGUUACCAUGGGAACGUCUCCAACAGAGUCAAUGGCUGCAGCUGGAAAUAUAUUCUUGGGGCAGACAGAGUCACCUCUUCUGAUUCGUCCAUACAUCAGCAGGCUAACUCGCUCUGAGAUCCACGCUGUGAUGACAGGAGGUUUUGCCAGCAUCUCUGGUAGCAUUUUGGGAGCUUUUAUCUCCUUUGGGGUUAAUGCAACACAUCUGUUGACAGCAUCAGUCAUGUCAGCUCCAGCCUCCCUGGCAAUUGCUAAGACGUUCUGGCCUGAGACUGAGAUCCCCAGUACAACAGAUAAUCAUGACCUAAAAAUGGACAAAGGAGAGAGUACAAACAUGUUGGAGGCGGCAUCCCAAGGUGCAUCCAACGCUGUGGCUCUAGUGGCCAACAUUGUUGUCAACCUGAUUGCCUUCCUGGCAUUGUUGGCUUUUUUCGAUGGUGUCCUCUCAUGGCUGGGUGGGAUGUUGGACUGUCCACAGCUCAGCUUCUCACUAAUCUGCUCCUACGUGUUCAUGCCACUCUCAUUCAUGAUGGGUGUUUCCUGGGAGGACAGCUUCCUUGUUGCUGAGCUGAUUGGAACAAAGACAUUUCUCAAUGAGUUUGUAGCCUAUCAAAAAUUGUCAGAAUUCAUCAAGAGGCGGCAUGCAGGUGGGCCAGAGUAUGUGAACAACGUAAAGCAGUAUAUGUCUGUUCACUCUGAAACUAUUGCAACCUACGCUCUGUGUGGAUUUUCCAACUUUGCUUCCCUGGGGAUGUCAGUUGGAGCCCUGUCUUCGAUGGCUCCGGAACGACGGUCUGACUUCUCCAGUUGUGGCUUCAGAGCUCUGAUUGCAGGAAGUGUCUCCUGUUUCAUGACCGCUUGUAUUGCAGGUGUGUUGUACAUCCCCAAUCUUCAUUGCCCGCAAUUCCUGAGCACAGAGUUCAACAAGACCAAUGUGACCAUCACCACACAUCUAGUCACCUGCUGCUCACAACUGUACAACAGUGUGAUGGUGAAUGAGCCAUGGAACGUGACGAUGAGUGAAGGAUUCAGUCAGAGCAGUGUGCAGGGCUGCUGCACUGUUACACCCGCUACAAACUUCAACUGUAGCUCGGUGCUUUGAAUCACUG